GACGGCCGGCCAUAAAAGCGCCCGGCGGAGCCGAGGAAGCGGCCGGUGCCGAACCACACCAAGAGAAAGCGGCCGCGCUGCUCCAUCCCAGCGCCCGCCACCCAAGCUUGCCAUCAUGUCUGUGUCACACAGUUCGAAGCUAAACAAGGGGGUCAGGGACCAGUAUAUGAAGCUGCCUCAGGGGAAGAAGGUGCUGGCAACCUACAUUUGGAUUGACGGAACUGGGGAAGGCCUCCGUUGUAAAACCAGGACCUUGGACUUCGAACCGAAAAGCAUUGAAGAUCUCCCCGAAUGGAACUUCGAUGGAUCUAGUACCGGGCAGUCUGAAGGCUCUAACAGCGACAUGUUCUUGAUCCCGGUGAGGAUCUUCCGGGACCCGUUCUGCCUGGACCCCAACAAGCUUGUGCUGUGCGAGGUGCUGAAAUAUAACCGGACAAAGGCAGAGACCAACUUGAGGAACAGCUGCAAAAAGGUAAUGGACAUGGUGAAGAACAGCCAUCCGUGGUUCGGCAUGGAGCAGGAAUACACCUUGUUAGGGAUUGACGGGCACCCCUACGGCUGGCCGGAAAACGGGUUUCCGGGCCCACAAGGACCCUAUUACUGUGGGGUCGGAGCAAACAAAGUCUACGGCCGGGACAUCGUGGAGGCUCACUACAAAGCCUGCCUUUACGCUGGGGUCGAGAUCAGUGGCACCAACGCCGAGGUUAUGCCUUCGCAGUGGGAAUUCCAGGUGGGUCCUUGCGAAGGGAUCGAGAUGGGAGACCACCUGUGGAUGGCGCGGUACAUCCUCCACCGGGUCUGCGAAGACUUUGGGAUCGUGGCCACCUUGGACCCCAAGCCCAUGACGGGGAACUGGAACGGCGCCGGAUGCCACACCAACGUCAGCACCAACGAGACGAGACAGAAAGGAGGGAUCAAGUUCAUCGAGGCAGCCAUUGAGAAACUAAGCAAGAGGCACCAGUACCACAUCCGGAUGUACGACCCACGGGGAGGGCAGGACAACUCCCGGCGGCUGACGGGCCAGCACGAGACCUCCAGCAUCAACGAGUUUUCGGCAGGCGUGGCCAACCGGGGCGCCAGCAUCCGGAUCCCCCGCCAAGUCGGGCAGGACGGCUGCGGCUACUUCGAAGACCGCCGCCCGUCAGCCAACUGCGACCCGUAUGCCGUGACGGAGGCCAUGAUGCGAACCAUCCUCCUCAACGAGACCGGGGACGAGCCCGUGGAAUACUCCGACGAGACGCGGCUGCAAAGGGCUGCGGCCAAAGACUAGCGGACGCGCCCCUCGGUCCCCCCAGUUCUGCCUCCCCGCUCGUUAGUAAACUUCCGUCAUUUCCAAAAAAAACCUCUCCCUUUCCGGUCUGGUGAUGUAUCAACACUUUAGAAAAGGGCUCUUAUUUUUAUAGCAGAGAGAAUUAUUUCCCUAGCAGAUUUUCCGGGGGGUUUCCGGAUCUUUGGAGAAGAUCAUAAUGCUGGUUUUAAGGAAAUGAAAAUUAACUUCACGUUGUUCCUGAUUCAAGUCAAAUUCCUCUUUUCCUUCUGAUUCCCAUCUUUACCGCAAGGAAACAAAAUAAAAUCCCAGAUCCCGGCUCUUCAUCAGCCGGUGGGGCGAAA